CCCUGUCAGAUGGUGUGGCGUGCGCGCUAGAGAAUUUUGUUUGCUUUUUAUUUAUUAAUACAAUUAAACAAUAAACGCAACGCAGAACGCUCGGAACUGCAUAAUAGAGGAGACGUCGAAAAAAGCAGCGCGCCUUCACUUAACUCACACACACACACAUCAUAUAAUAAUUGAUUGUACGGACCAUGAAAACAACUAGUAUCGGAUUAUAUGCAUUUCGUUUAACCUUCGGACAGGCACCGCCGCUCUCCGCACAGGCCUCGACGCAUAGCAGCCAUGCAUUCACCACCAGCUCGUCGGCGCCCAAUCGUGUGGUGACCCGAUCAGCCACCAUGUUGGCCCUGUUUGGCAUUGCGCUGUCCUCGUUCAGCCUGAAGCAGCUGUUGGCCAAGAAGCACAACAAAUCCAAUGCUAUGCGCAAACUCUAAGCCA